CGGUGCGCAAUUUCUGUGGCGACGCCGAGGCAGGCAGGUGAGGCGGGGAUGAUGGCAAAGUUUCAGGAAGCCUGUUCUAGCACGGCGUUUUCAACACGUUAUUUUAGUAGUAUUUAUUUAAUCAUAAAUAUUUUUGUCUUUAUAUCAGAGAUCGUCAGACGGAUGGAUGGGUGGAUAGGUGGAUACAGGGACGCGUAAAUCUGUGUUCCAGGGACACGGACCGGGACUUUUCAUUUUGCAAUAUUUUUUAUAGACCAAUGAUAUUGCUCCGCCUGGUCUAAUUUUAGUGCUGUGUUGAAAAAUGUCCCCAGAGGGUGUUGAGGGUAAGGAAGCCUCUAAAGUUACAAAGCAAGAGAAACCUGCUCCUCCUAAGCCUGAGACGAAGCCUAAGAAGACCGUUGUCAAGAAGGUGGCAGAUGAUAAAGGAGCAAAGGCCAAGAAGGGCGGCGCCAAGGGGAAGAAGGAAGAUGGCCCGGCCCAGAACGGAGAGACCAAGGCCAAUGAGAUCUACGUGUCUCGUCCAUCUGUGAGUGUGUCCUCCAUCAGAAGCAUGGCUCCCUCCCUGAUGUCAGUGAGAGGGCAGAGUAAGACAGUCAGAGUUAAGGGUCUCUGAAGCAGCAGAGGAGGCAACCGAUGAGAAGGCGUAAGGACACGGACGGGUCCACCGACUCGUCCCCUGCAACUCCAUGGCAGCAAAGCAUCUUUUUUUACUGAUGAUUUUUGUACCAUGCAAUUUUUUUUCUUGAUUAGUGAUAGCGAUGGACAACCAGCAGCUGCAGCCUUCAUCAUCCUGCUUCUUUAACCUUCUGAUUGUGCUCCCUCUCUAAUCCUGUAUUGCUUUAGAAUACAGUAUCUCAACUAGAUGCUAAAAGGCACGUUGAAGUGGUUUUAUCAGACAGCAGCUGAUGUUAUUUGUGAUGCCUGAAGGAGGGUGGGGGCAUAAAUGUGACUCUUAUGAUCUUUAAGUCAGCUUGGCCUUUAUUUGUAUUUCUCCCUAAAGAAGAUCCCCAUUAUCGACACUUUCUGCCUGUUAUGAGAUGCUCAGAGAGGCUCAGAUCCCCCCCCACGGUAGGGUGGAGGGUUUGUAGGGUUUGUAUCAACAGUUAAAAUGCAGGAGUGGAAGACCAGUUUAACAGACACCUUGAUGAACAUCUGCUGCUUUUAAAAAUAUAUAUCCUAGUUUUUAGAAUCCCUGCCACUGUUCCACAUAGCUGUAUGUGUGUGUUGGAGUAAAAGUGUUUGUGGGUCUCAGUGUUCCAUUUUGUUACCCUCACCGCCUUUUAAACGCCUUGUCCUAAGCAGAGUGGCAUAGCAAUAAUGAGUGGUGCUCCUGUUCUAGGCUGCUCUGUUGGUUUUGGACCCUCUGGGCUUCGCGGAGUUUCAUCUUGUUUGGAGAAUAUUUUGAAAUAAAAGAAAAAGUCCAUCACA